AGUGGCUGGUCGGGAGGCUGGGCCAUGUGAACCGCGUGCGUCUGCAAUUUGGGGUGGGUGGUGUCCCGGUCGGAGGAUGAAGGAGCAAAAAUGCCCUGCCCCUCCUCACCGCCAGUCAUAACUCGUUCCCCCCUCCUUCGCGAGUGCGGCUGCCUGCGUCUCGGCGAGCGACUUCGCCACAGGGAAUUGCGCCCGCGUCCUCGCCUCCAGGCGACGGCACAAUUCGAGAGGACCUCGCGCAGAUUGGAAGGCAGCAGCAGUGCUUGCCCCCCUGGUGAAGUGGCGAGCGGAGCUGCCAUGCCAGUCGGCAAACCCAUCUAUCUCAAGACCCCCUUGUCGAAAAGGGGCCGCAAGGUUCACCUCCGGGAUAUCCUCACACCGGAGAUGAUCAGCUCCCCCAUGGGGGAGCUGCGACACCUGGCUCACAUCGGACGUGCCGGCAAGGCGGAUAUGUUCGGAGACCUCACUUUCCUCCAGGGCCGAUUUGACUUGGUGCCAGAUUUUCGAGGGCGUUUAUCAACUGCGAGCGAAGGCUACAUGGAUGGACGAGAAGCAGACCUGUCGGCCGAUCAGCCCAUGCUCAAGACCGCAGUGUCGCUGCCAGCCUUGAUCGAGCCUCAGGCCUUGCCGCGAGAGCACGAGGAGCACAGCGGAUCUGUGAGCGUGGGCUCCAAAGGAGCGCUGAUGGUGGCACCACCCAAGCCUCCCCGGCUUUACCUGGACCAGGCUGCCGACGAGGAUGAUGUCAAGUCCAACAGAAACACAGAGGACAAAGAAGAUGGAAGUGCUUCCAUUGGCUGUGAGUCAGUCUACCACGCAACAUCACAAGAUCUGGAUUCCUUGCCCACGAACGGAACAAUGAAUUCCUCACGCCAGGUAUCUCAUGGCACCAGCGUUAGCAACGGCCACAAUGUGGGCACCGAGCGACUUUCCGAAUCCCAAGACUCGGACGUGGAAAGUGAGUUGCCUGAGAAGAAUGCAGCAUUGCGGAGCAGUGGGUAUGGGCAUGUCGCCAAUGGAGGACUCACAAAUGGGCUAGGGUUUCCAUGGGAAGCUCACCGAAACGCAGAGGCGGCACCGCGGAUGGAUCGGCAGCAGAUUUCCCCGCGUGCUUCGGAAGGACGUAAGGGCAAUGUGCACCCUCUCGCCAUUUCGUCGACCAAUCACAGAGACGGCCAAGAGGUGACCAAGCCAAGGUCGGGUUCCCUGAUUUCGCUGCAGCUUGACCUUGGACCAUCCAUGCUGGAAGACAUCCUUAGUGUCAUGGAGGACAAAAAUGAAGAUGCCAGCUUUAACCGGCAAAGGCCCAAAACUUACAUCAUGUGAGAAAAGCUGGUUCGGUCGAAGUGUGUCAUUCAUUUUGAGAGGGUCAAGUACUGUAUUAGUUUUAGCAGUACAGUACUGCCAUGACUUUAUGAUUGUAUGGUACAUUCUGAAGCUUUCGGACACAAAAACAUUAAUCGAGCACUCCUCAAAUGCCCCUUAUCAAACUAUUUUGUUUGUUAUAACUUUUGCCUGGAGGUUCCAAGCUUGCCUUUUGUACACUUACAAAACAUUCAAGCAGCAACUGUUGUUUUAAAUAUAUAUUCCACAAAUAACAAAGUGACUUUAAUAAACCUAAAUAUAUAUUGCCUACCUAAAUUAUAAACUGCAUGGGGCAAAAAUAUAUGGAAACACAAUAAAGCUUUAGCUUCUCGGUGGCUGUUUACAACUUUAGUGGAGUCACGAUUGUCAUGCUGUUUUUAUAAUAUAUUUUGAAACUUAAUUAACAAAAGUAGAAGGAUGGAUGUUCUUAAAAUUAGAUGUCCCUUUGUGCGGUAAUGGGGGGUAAGGGGAACAGGCCUAAAAAAUGCAUGACACAUGUUACUUUAGGCUGUUAUUACCUUCCCGAAACCACCGGUUACUCCUGAGAAUGCGGCGUAAUAUCGGCUUUUGUAGGGUGCAUCUGGUGACCCCCACUUCUAUUUAUGUUCUCAGAUUCAUUGUGUCCUCUGUGGAGCACUGUGAGUGCACGAAGGCAUGGGCGCACGAUGCCAAGUGCGUUCCAGAAGUGGCGCACAGAGCGCACCCAACACUCCGUGGUGCAGACGCUGUAAAACGGCACAAUACAAAGAGCACUUUUAAACUCGGCUGGGUUGCAACUAGAAGGGCAGGCACGGGCGGAUUGCCAUCAUUUUACAAGUGGCAAUACGUGGAGGAAAUGUGGGAACAGGGAUGAGGCAAGGCUACAGAUGUUAUGGAUGAUUAAAUCGGCAUCUACUGCAUGGAGGAGCUGUAACUAAGGGGAUGUGGCAUGAAACCGCUGUUUGAAUCCCUGCCUCAGAUUCACUUUGUUGUUUGUAUCUCCCCCUUGGCUCCAGUGUACGUAUCAGCACUGAGCGAUGCUGUUUUUGUUAACAUAAUUAAUCUUAAUUAUAAUAUAUAGCACAGCUAUUUUGAGGGGAGAGAGUAAAGUUUCCUAUUCGCUCCCCAUGUCUGUCAAGUGGGGUGGGGGUGGCUAUAGGCCCCCUCCGUGUUGCUGCCAAUGAAGGGAGAUCAUAGGUGUUUUGGCCGAUAAGUACUAAAAAGUGUACAUGAAAUACAUAGUUAAGAAGUGAACAGCGUAUUUAGCACAUAUUCUAUGGGUCUUUCUGUAAAGUCACGUAGAUAGGUUCAUUUUCUACGUGACUUUACCGAAGGACCCACAGAAUAUGAAUUCCUGCAGUCACGAAAGCUUUGAGUCGAGUAUUUAGCACAUUUUCUCAGAACAAUUUGAAGUGGUUAGCUUUGGGUUUUCUUUUUAAUACAUUUGUAUUUCAAAAAAUGUUUGUGUACAUGUGAAAGAUGGGACUUUUAGAGCUGGAAA